AUGUUAUAUAUAUUUGAUUAUACUUUUCUCAAAACCGAAACACAAGGAAUUGAAUGGAGAAAAAAGUGUCAAUAUGAAAUCAAUAUUUAUGAUUCUUCCAAUGAAAUAAAAUCUUCAAGAUUAUAUUCAUCCAAUAGUUCUAUGGAUCAUUUAUCAACUUCUUCAAAUUUACCAAUGAAUCAAUCUUAUUCAUCUUCUUCUCCAACAUUAAAAAUAGAAGAUAUGACAUCUCAUUUAAUGAAUAGUCCAACAAAUCAACCCUUUAUUCAUAAUCGUUUACAACGACAAUAUCCCCAACAAUUACAAUCAUAUCAAAUGAUUAAACCUUCUAUACAUUCAUUAACCAAUAUACAAGAGUUGAAACAACAACAACAACAACAGCAACGACGGCAAUAUCCACAAAAAAGACGUAAAUUCUUUCAAAAAUUCUUAUCACGUGACUCUACACCAAAUUCAAUGGAUCAUAUAGAUGAAACAUCUAUGGAUAUAUUUGAAUGUUUUGCAAAUUUGAAUAAUCCACAGUUAAAUCAAUCUGUAAAACCGAUGACAAAGAGUAAUGAAUUACUGAAUGUUACCAUGUCAACACCACCACCACCACUAUCGGCAUCAUCAUCAUCAUCAUCAUUAAGAACAACAACAACAACAACAACAGGAACAAGAACAACAGCAACAACAAUAACAAUAACUGAUGAAUGUAUUCGUCCAUAUUCUGCACCUCAUAAAACAUUCAUGAAUGAAACAUCAUUAAAUGUUAAAGGUAUAACACGAAGUUAUUCACCUAAUGAUAGAACAAUAUCACCAUUGAAAGAAGUUUCUAAUGAAGAUGUAGAACAAAAAACUAUACCAAUAGAAAGAAAUAAUGAAAUGUUAACAAAACAAUGA